AUGGCAGAAGUGAUUGGCAUAAUUAACGGAAUUAUUGCCCUCGUCGAGACUUCGAUCAAAAUCUACGACAGCGCUCGGAAGGACAUCAAAUUAUCCAAGAAUUUUAAAGCUGUUCGAUACCGUCUUCCGAUCAUUUUGGAUACCCUCGCAGUGUGCAAAAGCAGCCUUGAACCGAGAAAAGCCUCAAUCCCCGAAGACGUGUGUGAAGCCCUGGAGAAGACUCUUGAGGGUUGUGAGGCAAAAGCCUCGAAUCUAAGAGGGAUAUUUGAGAAGAUUAUACCCGGUGAAAGCGACACAUGGAGGAACCGUUAUUCAAAAGUCCUUAGCAGAUACGGUAAAGGAAACAAAGUCGAAGAGCUUAUGCUUGGUCUCGCUGAAGAAGUUCAACUCAUUGUCAACCACGAUGCGGUGAGCUCUGCCAGCCAGAAGCAAAAUUUUGAGCUUGAUGAUAUCAUUCGAGAAAUGAAGUCUGUCAUCUCCUCGGGAAAAGAUGAAGACAAAGUUACCAUGAAUUUCAAUACCGGGGGCGGGGCACAGGCAAACUACAUAAAUCCCGGUCGUGGACAGCAAAUCAACAAUAGUGGAUCUGUUGGAACGCUAAACAUCAAUUCUGUUUUUCAGAAGCAGAAAGAAGAUUUUAGUUUUUGCGGACCCGUUGGUCUCCAAAUUGGCCAAGCACCAUAUAUCGCUCCAGGACUUUUCGUUGGUCGUGGCUCCGAGCUUGAGCAAAUCAGAGAGCUUUUGCAACCCGCCCUAGGUGCUCACAAGCAACAGCGUCUUGUUCUUGGAGGAAAGGGUGGUAUCGGCAAAACCCAGCUUGCUAUUGCUUAUGCAGAGUCGCGAUCUGAAUCAUAUACCUCGGUGUUUUGGUUGAAUGCAUCGUCCGAAGCUGCACUCCAAAAAAGUUUCCUGUCAAUCGCCCGCCUCAUUUUUGAUAUCCAGGAUCCCCUGCUUUUGGAGAACAAGGAUGUCAUCGUGCGUGUACAACGCUGGUUAUCAGAUCCCCUAAAUACUGGAUGGUUGUUGAUAUUCGAUAACUAUGACGACCCGAACCUGUUUGACAUUAACGUCUACUAUCCACCUGCAUCUCAAGGGUCUAUUUUAGUCACCACCCGGUGCCAAGAUCAGAUUGAAGGAACUAUUAUGCAUGUAAAACCUCUUCAGAAUACCAGAGAUGGCCUAACCAUUUUACAAACCCGAUCGGAAAGAGACAAUGUUCAGUCAGAUGUCUACGCAACAAGGCUCGCAGAGCGACUUGCUGGUCUCCCGCUUGCUUUAGCAACUGCUGGGACAUAUCUUAAGCAUAGUACUUUUUCAUUUGAACGCUACCUAUGUGAAUACGAGAAACGCUGGGAUAUCGGCCCCACUCAACUGCAAGAGUAUCGUGAACGUACACUUUACACCACCUGGGAUCUGUCAUACUCUCGCCUAAAAGCCCACUACGCAGACGCGGCAGAACUACUCAGAUUAUUGGCCUACUUCGACAACCAGAAUCUUUGGUAUGAGCUUUUUCACGACGGAAUUACCGAAGCAUGGCCUACGUGGCUUCAUAAAUUGCGAUCCUGCUUUGGUGAAAAGAAGCCUCGGUUUAAGCGUUUCCACAGCAGAAUCAUCGAAGGAUCCCCUAAGUGGCUUUCUCAGUUGCUCAAGGACGACGUAUCAUUCCAGAGAGUCAUGAGGACCUUGACCGAGUAUUACUUCCUCGAAGUCCACCCAGCAUCAACAUCAUGGAGUAUGCAUAAUUGUGUGCAUGACUGGACACUAGCUACACUCAAUGAGGAAAUUGACCUUAGCUACUACUGGUAUGCUUUUGAUUGCAUCGAUGCGAGUAUCAGUGGGGUUGAUAUAGAAUCGUUUGGUCGCAUUGCCUUUUCGCGCUCAGCUGGUCAUGCAACACGACUAGUGCAACAGCGGUUCCUCGAAUCUAACAUGAUUUCCAAUGGAACGUUUGAUCAGCUGCGUAAGACAACACGUAUUGCAAACUUGCUUCAAGAUCAGAUCCAACUUGCCGCUGCCGAGCAGAUGUACACGCGGGCGCUCACAGGGUACGAGAAAGCGCUUGGACCAGAACACACUUCAACCCUUCUCGUUGUUAACAAUCUCGGGAAUCUAUAUAGUCACCAAGGCAUACUAGAUCAAGCCGAGCGUAUGUACACGCGGGCGCUGGCAGGGUACGAGAAAGCGCUCGGACCCCAACACACUUCGACGCUUGACGCCGUUGGCAACCUCGGGAUUCUAUAUAGUAAACAAGACAAGCUAGAGCAGGCCGAGCAAAUGUACGCGCGGGCGCUCGCUGGGUACGAGAAAGCGCUCGGAACGGAACACACUUUAACCCUACGCACUGUCAACAAUCUCGGGACUCUAUAUAGCCAACAAGGCAAGCUAGAGCAUGCUGAGCAGAUGUACGCGCGGGCGAUCGGUGGGUAUGAGAAAGCGCUUGGACCGGAACACACCUCAACUGUUCUCGUUGUUAAUAAUCUCGGGAAUCUAUAUAGCCAACAAUGCAAGCUAGAGCAGGCCGAGAAAAUGUACACGCGGGCGCUCGCAGGGUACGAGAAAGCGCUCGGACCGGAACACAUCUCAACCCUACGCACUAUCAACGAUCUUGGAACUCUAUAUAGCCAACAAGGCAGGCUAGAACAGACCGAGCAGAUGUACGCGCGGGCGCUCGCUGGGUAUGAGAAAGCGCUUGGACCGGAACACAUUUCAACCCUACGCACUGUUAACGAUCUUGGGACUCUAUAUAGACAACAAGGCAGGCUAGAGCAGGCCGAGCAGAUGUACGCGCGGGUGCUCGGUGGGUACGAGAAAGCAUUAGGGCCGGAAAACCCUUUAACGCUUGACGCUAUUCACUCUUUCGGGUAUCUCUAUAGCCACCAAAAUAAGCUAGAGGACUCCGAGCGGAUGUACAUGCGGGCGCUCGCAGGGUACGAGAAAGCGCUUGGAUCGGAACACACUUCAACCCUUCUCGCUGUCAACAAUCUCGGGUAUCUGUAUAGCCAACAAGGCAAGCUAGAGCAGGCCGAGCAAAUGUACACACGGGCGCUCGCAGGAUACGAGAAAGCACUUGGACUGAAACAUACUUCAACCCUACGCACUGUCUACAAUCUCGGGAAUCUGUAUAGCCAACAAGGCAAGCUAGAGCAAGCCGAGCAGAUGUUUGUGCUUGUCCGCUAG